AUGUCUCCCACACGCCAAUUGAGCCCGUCUUCUGCAGCGGUGGCGCUGCUGUCUUUGACAGGCGCAUUGUGGCCAACCAACGUACUUGCGGGGAAGACAAAUGACAACAGCGAGGGAUACAAACUAAGAGAGGACAUUCCGGUGUCAUGUUUAAACCGGACAAUGGAAGGAGAACAUGUCACCGAUAAUCUCGGUAAACUCCAAUACGUCCCUUUCGUGACCUGCAACGAAACCGCCCGCCCUCUCUCUCUCCACUACGGCAUCUCCGAAACAAUAACAUGUACCAUCGACUCCCUCUCCGAUGAACUCUAUCAUCUCCUCGAGUUCUACGUCCACUCAGAUGUACCAAUGACCUGCCGCGUGCCAACAGCGCCGCUAACACCAUCCGCUGGCGCAGCAGCGCACGCGGACAAAGACUCGGACCAGAAGUCCGGAGAAGCAGACACCCUUUCUGCACUAGCCGACAACGGGCCACCCUUCACGCCGCUCACAGUCGCGCUACAAGGCACGCUCCAGCUGAGCCAUUUGCACAUCUGGACGGAUAUGAACGUCGUGAUGCACAACAUGGCCUCGGACGCGGCCGCAGAACAAAACACCAAGACCAGGCCCGGUCAGUCUGGACAGCCUGGCUUUGUGGUCGGUGGUAUUGCGUACUCGACUCCCGAGUUUGACAAUACCGGCAAGAAUGCCAAGCUCGACGAGGACGAGGAGUCUGUUGCUCUUGCUCAGGCAGCGCGCGAGCCUUGGACUGCUGGACACGGCACUAAGGUUGUGCGUGGGGAGCCACUUACCUUCUCUUUCCACGUUGCGUGGCUGGAAGGCGGUGCCAGUAUUGGGUGGCCGGUGCGGCCUGCCUCUGCGUCGUGGCUGGCUUUGGCAACAGGGUCUGGGAAGAGCUCUGGAUCAUUCUUUUCUAAGCUGGUAUUCUUUGUUAUGGCGGCUUCUGUUGGUGCUUUGGUUGCGUUGUUCUGGGAGCGUAAUGGUGGGCGCGGGCGUGGGCGGGCCACUUGGCAUGGUGAUGGACUUUUGGGUGCGACUCCCGCGCGUGGAGCAAAGGGCCCUGGCGUUGUCUUUGGCAACGGAGGGAAAAAUAAUGGAUACGGUGGUUACUCUGGCCCUCCCAAUGGCAACGGGAACGGGAACGGGGUUGGAAGUGGAUAUGGGUUCCCAAGUGGAAAGAGGGAUUGA